AUGGUUAUUUCAACUCAGCUUGGUAUUCCCACUAGUACUACCCUACAACGUAUUGUUCAAAAUAAUUGUUUCACUCCUCUUAAUGAUAUAACAAGCAGAUUAAACUCUAGUCUUGAUAUCACAUUGCAUAAUAUCACAGUUAGAAAAUACCUUCAUGAUGAAGGCCUUAGUAUUUAUGUCACUCUUAAAUUUGGUGAUGGUUUAGUGAUGUUUUGGGGUUAUUUUGGUUGGCAUAAAGUUGGAUCUUUAGUUGUAGUAAAAGGAAGUAUGGAUUCUGACCAAGAUGGAGCUUCAUGUUAUAUAUCAAAUUAUAGCAUUUGGUGGAUGAAAACACAUAAUAUUCCAAUCUUAGAUUAG